AAGAUAACAUUGAUAAUAUGUACACGGUUCUAAGAAUAUUUGAUAGUCAUGUUUGAAACUGGGAUAUGGUAAAUAUUUGUGGUAUUGCGUAGUUAAUUUUUUACGGCAUAAUAUAAGUUUAUGGUCAAUAUUUGACGUAAUACGGAGAGAACUUUCUUCUUUUUCCAUUUGCAGAACAAAACGAAUACGCGAGACAACAGGAUAGGUCUUGCGAGGGCAACGAGCACUAUGCAAACGCAGAUGCCUGGAUCUUUGCCCGAUUACCAAAUCGAUCCUUACAGACUUGCAGAGGACGACUUUAAGGAUAUGUUCGGCGACAUACGACUGGAACUUAUUAACAAUACUACGCAAGAAGAGCUGCAACCGAUAAGCACAUAUUACUUGGAUGGCCAGGGAAAAGCGGUACGACCCAUACUCACAAUACUCAUGGCACGAGCUAUUAAUUAUCACAAGGGAAGAAACGUUCUCUCGCAUUCGCAACGACAAGUAGCGAUGAUCUCCGAGAUGAUCCACACCUCUUCUUUAUUGCAUGACGAUGUGAUCGACCAGUCGGACAUCCGUCGAGGCAAACCGUCAGUUAAUGCCGUCUGGAGUCAAAAGAAGGUGGCCAUGGCGGGGGAUUACAUCUUGUCAGUCGCCUGCCUGAUGAUCUCCAGACUCCAAAAUGAUGAUGUGAGCAUCGCCAUCAGUCAGAUAGUGACUGACUUGGUGCAAGGGGAAUUUAUGCAGCUCGGCUCGAAAGAAACGGAAAACGAGAGGUUCGCGCAUUAUCUCACAAAGACAUAUCGCAAAACGGCGAGUUUAAUCGCCAAUUGCUGUAAAGCGGUCGCUAUACUUGCCGAAGUCGAUGAUCGUAUGAUAGAGAUGGCCUUCCAGUACGGCAGGAAUGUCGGAUUGGCCUUUCAAUUGGUGGAUGAUCUUCUGGAUUUCGUUGCUUCUUCGGAGGCUCUAGGAAAACCCACGGCCGCUGACCUCAAGCUUGGAUUAGCGACAGCCCCUGUGCUCUUCGCUUGCGAACAGUAUCCGGAAUUAAACGCGAUGAUUAUGCGCCGUUUUCAAGAGCACGGCGACGUCAAGAAGGCUUUCGAAUUAGUGCACAAGUCCAACGGUCUCGAGCAGACAAGAUUCUUGGCGAAGAAACACUGCGCGGAAGCCAACAAGAUCGUACAAUCCUUCGCUAAGAGCCCUUAUCAAAAGGCUCUCAUCAUUAUGGCUGAUCUUGUUAUCAAUCGUAUGAAAUAGCAUCGCCCAAAAUGAAAAUUUGGACUUAGAGAAC